AUGACGCCAGAAGACAGAUUGAUAAAACGGGCAGUGAUACAGUUCUGUGUGAACCUAGGGAAAACUACAUCGCAAACACUUAAACUGAUGAAUGAAGCAUCGAGUGAAACUCAAGUGAAGCGAAUGCUCGUUUACAAGCGGCACAAGCGGUUCAGUGAGGGGCGGGAAAGCAUUUGUGACGACGUGAGGUCUGGGCGACCGGUUUCACAAACUACGGAGUGUGACGUCGAGGCCGUGAAAAACAUCGUUGACGCUGAUCGUCGAGUCACUCUUUCUGAAAUAUGCAAGAUGUUGGACAUGAGUUAUGGGUCGGUACGGAGGAUAAUGAAAGACAGUUUGAAAAUGAGUCGAGUGAGUGCGCGUUGGGUUCCACGGCUGCUGACAGAAGAUGAGAUGAGCAAAAGGGCACUACAUAGUGAAGCUCAGACACGCCUGUAUUCUUACAAGUCAGAGUGGUUCAGUGACAUUUACCGCAGUGGGUAG